AUGUCUUCAGGAGGAGGUGGUUUUGUCACCAGGUUCGACCGGGUGCGGGAUAUCCCACAAUAUGACCAGGUCCCUGUGGACUCCUUAUUCUGGGACCAGAGGCUGCCUCCCCCUCCGCCGCCCAUGCAUGAAAUAGUACCAGCCCUCAGCUUAGACCCCCUCCCCCCUCCUCCUCUACCUAACCAACCCGCUAUCGGGCCUGAGUCCUUCUACCCUUCUGAUGAAGAUGAGCAGAUGGAGGGCAACUGUGAUGCCAUGGACAUUAAGCCUGUCCGUCGCUUCAUUCCGGACUCUGUCAAGAACUUCUUCCGUGGCAACAGUGGUAACCGUGGCAGCAAGGGUUGGUCCAUACCCGGUCCUCCAUCUCUACCUGGAACCCAUUCCUCUGCACCUUCAUCUGUGAAGAGUGCCGCCUGCCACACCACAGCAGGGGUCCCUUGUUCACCCCCCCACUCUGCCCCUCCAUCCCCUUCCCUCCCUGGCUCCUACCGGGACCCCUACAGUUCUCAGAAGGAUGGGCUUAUGCUGGGUGCAGACGCGUUCGAGUCUGCAUCUGCUGUGCCUACCAACCUCUCAGCCCAAACCUACCAGGAGCGGGUGGAGGAGUACCACCAGCGCUAUGCCUACAUGAAGUCCUGGGCCGGCCUUCUGAGGAUCUUGGGCUGUGUGCAACUGCUGCUGGGAGCAGCCGUGUUCGCCUGCGUUUGUGCCUAUGUACACAAGGACAACGAGUGGUUCAAUAUGUAUGGAUACUCCCAGCCGCAGCUGUAUGGUGGGCUUGGUGGGGGCGUAGGUGGAUCUGGAAGUUACUACACCGGACCUAAGACACCUUUUGUCCUAGUAGUGGCUGGUCUCGCGUGGAUAGUGACUGUAAUCCUUGUAGUUCUUGGAAUGACCUUAUACUACAGAGCCAUCCUUCUAGACUCUUCUUGGUGGCCGCUGACAGAGUGUGCAAUCAACGUGGUCUUGGCAGUGCUCUAUUUAGCAGCAGGGAUAGUGUAUGUGAGGGACACCAACCGUGGGGGGCUGUGCAACAUACCGGUCUUCAGUAACGGACUAAACGCAGCCUUCUGUCGCACCGAGGCCGGCCAGACUGCAGCCAUCAUCUUCCUCUUCAUCACCAUGGUGCUCUACUUGAUUAGCGCGGGAGUGUGUCUGAAGCUGUGGAGGCAUGAAGCAGCAAGGAUGAGGAAGGAGGAGCUGGCACAGGAGCUGGGUUCAGGCUCCAGGGCUUCAGAGCAGACACCUCUCCCCACCAUGCAGCCAGACAUCAUGGACGCUCCGAACAGCACUGCAGGAUAUCCUCCGAUAUCGCUGGAGCCAGAGAUCCUCCGAGGUCACAUCCCAGCUGGACACAUUCCCAAACCUGUUAUCAUAGCGGACUAUGUGGCGAAGUACCCCAGCAUCCGCUCAGACGAGGAGAGGGACCAGUACAAGGCUGUGUUCAACGAUCAGUAUGCUGAGUACAAAGAGCUGCAUGCUGAGGUUCACGCCAUGGCCAAGAAGUUUGAAGAGAUGGAUGAGAUGAUGCAGAACCUGCCCCCUCGACCUUCCAGCCAAAUGGAAAAGGAGCGGAUCAAUAGCAUUUUGCAGGAAUAUCAGAGAAAGAAAGCUGACCCAGCAUUUGUGGAGAAAAGGGAGAGAUGUGACUACCUGAAAAACAAGCUCUCUCACAUCAAACAGAAGAUUCAGGAGUACAACAAGGUCAUGGACUGGAAUGAUGCCUCCAGGCAGCCGCCGGUUAUCAUUAAUAUCUGUAGGAACACGUUGGUGGACUUCCAGUUGGAUUUCAGCAUGCCGAGCAAUAAACAGAGAUCCCAUCACCAUUCUAAUGGCAGCAAACCCCACAGUGGCAGACACAGGCACAGUGAGCCCAUGUCCAACCCAGCCUAUUCCUACUACCCUGAUGAUAGGAUGAUUCACUUCUAUCGUUGGACAUCAUCACCGGGUGUGAUGAAGAUAAUGUGUAUCAUCAUCAUCGUCAUGUGCGUGGCUGUGUUUGCCUGCGUGGCCUCCACACUGGCCUGGGACUACGAUAUGAGCCUCAUGGGUCUGGGCGGUAGUAGCAUGUUGCCAGGUUAUGGUGGCGGCUCCUAUGGUGGCUCCUAUGGUGGCUCAUAUGGUGGUGCCUAUGGCAGCUCCUACGGAGGUGGUGUUGCCGGUGGUUCCUACGGUGGAAACACCAGAAUGGAUCCCAAAGCUGGCAAAGGCUUCAUCAUCGCCAUGGCUGCCAUUACCUUCAUAGCUGUGCUCGUCAUUUUUGUGUUGGUUAUAUCGAGGCAAAAAACCGCCCGCUCACCGAAGUUCUACCUAGCAACCAUCAUCAUCUGUGCUAUCUUAGCAUUCCUUAUGAUCAUUGCCACCAUUGUGUACCUAGUGGCGGUGAACCCAACAGCCCAGUCCACAGGGUCUGUCUACUACAGCCAGGUGGUCCAGCUUUGUGCCCAGUACCAGAACCAGAACCAGGCCCAGGGCAUCUUCCUCAACCAGUACCUCUACCAUUACUGUGUGGUGGAGCCCCAAGAGGCUAUAGCUAUUGUCCUGGGCUUCCUGGUGUUUGUAGCCCUCAUCAUCCUGCUGGUGUUUGCAGUCAAGACUCGCUCCACUAUCAGGCGCUGGGGCAGAGACCGCGUUCUGUGGGAAGAAGUGAAGACCCUCAAUGAUGUUACAAACAACAGUGUCGGAGAAUGGGUGAAAAAUGUGUCAGGUGACCCAGAAGUGCCUCUCAAUGACUAUAAUGAUAAAGUUGGAGGCUCCAGGGACUACCUGGACCGGCUGGACUACAACAGGCCUCUUUACCUACCAGGAGACUCAGAAAUCAGCAGCUCUGUGAGUGUCCUGAAGCCCAGAAUGAAUGGUUAUGACACUGGUGCAGAGUCUGGAGAUGACCUGGAGGAGGAGGACUUCAGCACUUUGUUUCCUUCUGUUGUGGAUGAGCAGGAACGUCUGAAUUACAAACGGGAGUUUGACCGUGACCACCAGGAGUACAAGGGCCUGCAGGCUGAGCUGGACAGCAUAAACCAGGACCUGACUGACCUGGACAAAGAGCUGGAUCGACUCACUGAGGGCAGUCCACAGUUCCUGGAUGCCAUAGAUGACUACAACAGACUAAAGAAUCUCAAGAAGUCCCCAGACUACCAGAUUAAGAAGAGGCGAUGUAAAUAUCUGAGGUCCAAACUGUCGCACAUCAAGAGGAAGAUCAGCGAAUACGACCGCCGGCCCUGA